UUGCACACAUGGUGGGAGAAGGUGGAUCUGCAAUCACUUGACACAAUGACUUCUUCAAUUGAAAAUCGCAACGACCACGUGUUGGUGCCAGUCCUCUUAAGUGCCUGCGCUAUCCCGAUUUUUAUGAUGUUUUGGAUAAUAAAUGUGGCUUACUCAAUAUUGCGGCCGGAUUCUGAAAGCCAUAUAGAAGAUCGUUCAGGGAUUUCACCAUGGAGAUGGCUACUUGCAGUUGUAAUACCAUUUCUAUUAUUAUUUUGGGGAUACAGGAAGAAAGGUAUAAAUAUCAUUGGAGGAAUUUUUGGUUUCGUUAUGGGUUUUAUCUUAACACUUUCAAGCUACGCUUAUAUAGCAGCAGUUGGAACAUUCUUCGUCACUGGAUCGAAAGCGACUAAGUUCCGAUCUGUAGAAAAGAAAAAAAUCGAAGCUGAUUUUAAGGAAGGAGGACAGCGUGGAUGGGCGCAAGCGAUCUGUAAUUGCGGUUUGGCUACUCAGUUGGCUCUAUUACAUUUGCUAGAAGUUGGUAGUGGAGAACGACCUAUAGACUUCAACAGCGAGUAUCGAAGUUCAUGGUUGUCCGUUGGUGUAUUAGGAGCGUUUGCAUGUUGUUGUGGUGAUACAUGGGCUUCAGAGUUUGGUACUGUGCUCGGUAAAAGCGAUCCUUUCCUUAUUACAACUUGGAAAAGAGUGCCAAGAGGAACAAACGGUGGUGUAUCGUGGAUGGGUCUUUUAUGUUCUUUUCUUGGUGGUUUAGUGGUUGGUUUGGUUUAUUACGUGGUGAUAUUGUGCACCGUCGACACGACUGUACUAGAAUUGUCAGCACCACAAUGGCCUAUUAUACUCUUUGGAGGAUUUGGAGGUUUUAUCGGUAGUCUAUUAGAUUCCUUUUUUGGCGCGACGUUACAAUAUUCAGGAAUCAACGAGAAAGGUCUUAUAGUAGAACGACCGGGAGAAGGCGUAAAACAUAUAAGCGGUAAACAAGUUUUGGAUAACCACAGUGUAAAUCUUCUUGCUAGCAUUGGAAUCGUUCUUAUUCUUCCGCGAAUAGCCGACGUUUUCUGGCCAAGUUUCUGAUCUAGUUUAGAAACUAAAAGAGGAAGAAGAGUUUAUAUGAGAAACAUAAAAGUUUUAAUAGAAGAAGUGUUACUAAUUUUAAUUCCCAGUAACAAAUAUUACUCUAAUGGAAAUCACGCUCAAUCGCGAGAUUGUUAGUAUAUAAUUUAUUUUGCUACACCCAUUGACGGCUAAGAAAGGACUUGGUUUAUAAUAUUAAUUAUCCGUAUCUCUUAUCCAUUUAUUCAAUCCAUCCAAUUAUACCUUAUGAACUAUUUUGUUUCGCAUCUAUAUCCUAUUACAUAAUUUCGGUAUAUUCCUUACUCUACUUUUUAAUUUUACACUUUUACCUGUACUUAUGUCUAUACCCUACUUAUCCCUAUACCCUAUACAAUAUUUAUAUUUUUUGUUUGCUACUUCUCUUCAUAAAUACUUAUAAAAUUUUACCUUAGUUAAUUUACAAUAGUUACAGAAACUUACAAAACUUGAUUUACUUAUCAAGACUUACUAAAACUUAUCUAACUUAACAUUAUCUUCUUAUGGAGCAAGUCUUAACUUAAACUUAUACUUAACUAUCAAACAAUUAAAUCUCACUUUCCUUUUGACUAGCACUUAGUACUUCUUCUUUCAUUUUUUUCCUUAUCCGUACCUCUCUCUUUUUCCACAGUCUUACUAAGAUCGUACCCUUCCUUUCGUACGAUUUAUCACUUCCUAUAUUUCUUUCUUCUUUCUUCUUUCCUUUAUAUUGUCCUCUAAGCUAACAAACCAAUCCUUUACUACCUCGCGUUCUCCUACAUAAUGUUUUAAAUCAUCCCAUCCUAUGCCGCAAAAGAUGCAUCUUUUUUUUAUCAUUCUCAAGCAUUCAGUACUUGUUCGAAACUGUUAGUAUUUUUGCUUACGUUAUUUUUUGUAUUAGGAUUUUUAUAUUUGUAUUAUCGUUAUGGAAUGAUUAAAGUUGUAUAUGGAAAAACAUUUUGUGAACUGUGCGUUUUUAA